GUCACUGUUAUUGCUUGGAAACAUGGGGUGUCCUAGCCAAUUUGCUAAAAUUGAACAAUUACAGUUGAAAUUUCCAUUCACCCAAUAUUGUCAGUGCCUAAAUAAGGUAUGUUGACCACAGAAAAAAAAGAAGCAAAAUAAUUGAUUAGAUUGUGCAUGUAUCUCACCAAUCGAGGCAAAUUUUAGUUCUCAGAGGAACAUUAUUACAUCACAAGGAAACCUGACUAAAUCCCACUCAGCAUAUAUGUUUUCUGAUGAAUGAAAUCGACUUUACAAAGACGUUAUUCAUAAAAUGCCUUUAUGAUUUAAUGUCUGAGCCCACUUAUGUGUAGUAUGUCUGUCUUGAAAUUCUCACUUGUGUGCAUCAACUCAAAAAGACCUUUUUGAAGUUGUGAACCUGCAGCAUGCGCAUUUUCUGUUAACCGAUCGAGUAAAAUAUAUCACAAAGUGAGCCAAGCCUGUAUGCAGGAGUCCUAUUUUUCUGGUAGGGGUCUCUUUCAAUCAGAGCCAUUAAUGCCAUAUUUCCUGUAUAACUUGAAAGUUAUUUUAUUCAGAUGGGAUUUUACUGUACAUGUUGUAACACUUAACUAAUUAUCUAAAAUUGGGUACAUGCUCCUGAUACUUGGUAAUUAUAAAUUUAUACAUAAGCCUGCCACUUCAGAAUAAACUUAUGUUGAAGUUGGACGCAUAUUGCUCUUGCCUCUACUUUGAUCCAGCACAUUGGACCUGAUUAAGAGCUAUCAUUACACAUGUACCUUGCAUUUUGACCAUUUUCAAAUACUCAGGGCAAUCGGCAAGGGCAGUUUUGGGAAGGUGUGUAUUGUACAGAAGAAAAACACCAGGAAAUUGUAUGCAAUGAAGUACAUGAACAAAAUGAUGUGCAUAGAGAAGGAUGCUGUAAGAAACGUGUUCAGGGAACAAGAAAUACUACAAACUGUGGAUCACCCAUUUUUGGUCAACCUUUGGUUCAGCUUUCAGGAUGAAGAAGACAUGUGCAUGGUUGUGGACUUAUUGUUAGGGGGAGAUCUUCGCUAUCAUAUGCUGCAAAAUGUCAGCUUUGAUGAAAGCUGUGUGAAGUUGUACAUCUGUGAGAUUGCAUUAGCCCUUGAGUAUUUGCAAAGUAAGGGCAUUAUUCACAGGGAUAUUAAACCAGAUAAUAUUCUACUAGAUGAAGCAGGCCAUGUCCACCUUACAGACUUCAAUGUGGCCACAGUUCUGUUGGACGGGCAGUUAGCCACUUCAAUGUCAGGGACCAAGCCUUAUAUGGCUCCUGAGGUAUUCAGCUGUUCAGUAGAUGAAUGCAAUGGUUAUUCCUACCCAGUAGAUUGGUGGUCACUGGGAAUCAUGGCCUAUGAGAUUCUUAGAGGAAAAAGACCAUUUGAGAUCCAUGUUAACACACCAGUGCCAGAUGUUCUGCUGAUGUUUGCCUCCCAGAAAGUGCAUUUUUCUUCCACAAUAUCAGAUGGAAUGAAAGAUCUCUUACAAAAGCUUUUAUCAGUGGACCCAAGGAGUAGGAUGUGUAAACUGCAACAUAUGGAAAACCAUGUAUAUAUGGCAGAUGUGGAUUUUUCCAAGGUGCUAAGAUGUGAGGUUAAACCCAGUUUCAUUCCAGCAAAAGACCACCUGAAUUGUGAUCCCACUUUUGAAUUAGAAGAAAUGAUCAUAGAAGCAAAACCACUACAUAAAAAGAAAAAGAGAUUGGCCAAGACAGCAUCCACUAAAAGCAAUCAGACAUCUCAAGGGGAUGUAGACCCUAUGCAGUUAUGUCUGGAGAAUCUUGAAAGAGAAUUCAAGCCAUUUAAUAGAGAAAAGGCAAAGUUAAUGCACAAUGAAGCUGUGAGUGGCGAAGUUGAGCAAACUGGCAUCGGCAGCUGAUUGUGGCAGGGGUUUAGGAACAGAGCUGCUACUGGGUAGAAAUAAAGUGGGGUUUUUUUUUAAGACUGUGCCCUGACUUGAACAGCAUGGAAAGUUGCAUAAGAAUUGGUGUAAAAAAAAGGACUGAAAUCAGAAAAGUAUGCCCUUUUUAAGUUUGGAGUAUGCCCUUUUUAAGUUUUCUACAAGAGUUGAGAUGUGAGGGUUUAGCUUUAAAGUUGGGACAUGAUGUUGGUGGGCAGUUUUGCUAGGUGUAGAACUAAUGCAGCUAGAAUUUAUUUACAGCAUAAACAGAAGAAAAAUUAUGCCAGUGCACUGCUGUCAAACGAAUUGAAAUGUGCCUGUCUCUUUCAAGUGAAUUGUAAUAAAAAUGGCAUUUGUGAAGACUUAUUGGUGAAGAAGGCUUUAUGACUAUCCUGCUUCAGUUCAUCCAGAUGACUACCACCAAGUAGGACUCUCACUGUUGAUUGCUAUAUGCACAGCUGCACACUGCUGGAUGAACUUAAUGUCAGAGUUAAAUGACAAUUAAGUUAUGGCUCAUAGUGAGAUUAAAUUUUCUCUCUAUGGAGAAAGAAUACACUUGUUAAGAUUUUCAACUGGGUUAGAUAUCCACAUCAUAGCUCAUGAUAACUGUUAAGUUAAGAUUACUGUCUGUGUAAUGCAUUUGUAAAACAAAUCUGGGACCAGUUUAAGUUUUAGCUCUACAGACCAGAUGCUAAUCUGUAUUUAUUGUAGACACAAUGUAAAGGAGGAUACUGUAUAUGUAAACACCAGUGCAGAUUAAAAACCAUGUUAUGUCAGGUCAAUUCUUUAUUGACAUGUACUUAAUAUAAUGCAGGACAAUCAUACUAAUCACAAAGUUAUGGCUCUUGUCAGAUGGUAAUUUGCUACUAUCAACACUUAACUGAAAACUUGAAGUGGAAUUUAUUUACAAAAAGAAGAACUGACCGAAGAAGAUUCUGCUGUCUUUGUAAAAUACCUCAAAGGCUGAUGUCAUGUUCCACUUUUUGAUUGUAUGUGAUGGAAUCAAGGUCACAUACCUUUCAUAGACUUUUUAUUCAAGUGAAAAUUGUCAUAGGUAGAUUUUUCCACGAAGAAGUUAAAAUUGUAUACCCCCAGUAGUAUCAUUUUACAGGAUUUCUUUUAGUUUUUUUAUUAGUUCAUAGCAUCUGUAUGCUAAUUAUUGGUCCUUAAAAAGCACAUUGUGUAAUUUUUAUUAGCACAUAUUUGGAAUAUUUGAUCAUGGAAGGGGUUAAUUUAAAGAAACUUACAUAUGUAGACUAUUGUUUGAGGGUGCUGAGGGUAGGAGUGAUGAGACAGUUGCCUACUGCUUAUAGAAGAAUAUAAUGUUUUCAUUUAACUAGAAAAAAUAUGUGAUACUGCUUAAAGAUUUUAGUCCUAAGUGAAUUUGCUCCAAGUACACUGUAUAACUAUUUAUUAUUGUGGUGCAUUAUAUUGUUUGUAAAUAUGUAUUUGAAAUAUAUAAAUAUAUGUUGUAGAUAUGGUGCUCAAUAUUAUAUGUGUAAUGGUAUCAACUGCUUAUGAAACGCUUUUAUUAUUCGUUAAUUUCAAAAGUUAAAUUUUGUAUUAAUUUUUUUUGUGUGUGAGAAAUUAAAAGGUUUAUGACCUUGUUGUGAUUGAAUGGAUGGUUAACUGUUACAAGAUUUUAAUUAUUUUGAUUAACUGUCUUGAAACAAGAAAUGUAGUUUUUCAGAGCGUUAAUGCCGUAAAUUUAUAAUCAUGGUUUAUAAGUUACAAUGGUAGUAGCUAGUAGGUGGACUAAACACGCUUGAGUGUUAUCAUUGGUGAGUGAAACUUAAACCCACAUAAAACAAAUUGAAAAUAUGUACCAUACUAGUCAACCAUAAAUCAAAAAAGAAUAAUAUUCAAUCAAUGCCGGUCAUGUAUUUUUAAUUUAUUAAUUUUUUUUUAAAGAUGUAGUACCUUCAUUAUGACAUACAUGUGACAGUUUUGUUAAGUUUGUGAAAAAAUACAAAAGUGAUUUUUUAUGGUAGACUAGUGUGUUAUAUUGGAAGUCUUUUUUUUUAUUAUUAUUAACUGAUCAAGGUGACACCUCAAGUGGGGCAGUAGAGGAUAACCAGAUGAAGAAAUACUUUUUACUAAGUAAGGUUUUAUUGUUUUGUGAAUUUGAGGUUCUCUUAAAGGCAAAAGGAGUAAAUUAUUGCCUCAAGAAACUCCAUGACAGGUAUUUUUUGUGCUAUUAUUCAGGUUGCUGUGAUGCUCAGUGUUAGCUAUACUUUUCUCCAUCAUUUAAAACUCUGUGUUAAAUGGUGCUUUCAAAAAUGUUUUUCAUGUUUUACAAAAUUUACCACGUUUUUACAUAAUUUGCCCUUAUACCUUUAAGAAAGCUGUUAAUUACAUAAUCAAUAAAACCUGUCACAAAUUUUUGAAAAAUAUUACUAGUGCUUUGUC